GCAGGACAGGCAUGAUCAGUACCAAACUUUGAAGGGAAAGCAAGAAGUCUUGGCCUAUUUCUCUCUCUUUCUCUCUCUCUCCCUCGCCGCAUUUCUUUCUCUACUACUUUGAUCUCUUCUCUUCUCUUCUUCAUGGCUUCUGUUUCUAAGUUAUCAACUCCAGGUUCUGCUGCUGCUGCUUAUUCAUCCACUUCUUCCUUCAAUUCCAGAUCUCUUCAGCCCAAAUGUUUGAUCGGAUUCACUAACAAAGCUGCUGCUGCUGCUUUCCAUGCUUCUUCUAGAUUAUCCAUCCACGCUCCUCAUCGUUCUUCCAACUUCUUCUUGGUUGUUAGAUCCUCACAACUCGAUGGAAAUGGAAGCCAGAUCAAGAAAACAACCCUUCAUGAUCUAUACGACAAGGAAGGACAGAGUCCAUGGUAUGAUAACCUCUGCCGUCCUGUUACGGACUUGCUUCCACUAAUCGCCAGCGGUGUUAGAGGUGUUACCAGUAAUCCAGCAAUUUUCCAGAAAGCAAUAUCUACUUCAAAUGCAUACAAUGACCAGUUCAGAGAACUGGUACAGGCAGGAACAGAUAUUGAAUCCGCAUACUGGGAGCUUGUGGUGAAGGAUAUUCAGGAUGCCUGCAAGCUAUUUGAGUCAAUCUAUGAUCAAACAGAUGGUGGCGACGGUUAUGUUUCUGUGGAAGUUUCUCCUAGACUUGCUGAUGAUACACAAGGGACAGUAGAGGCUGCAAAAUGGCUUCAUAAAGUGGUUGAUCGUUCCAAUGUGUACAUCAAGAUUCCUGCUACAGCUCCAUGCAUUCCAGCCAUCAAACAAGUUAUUUCUCUAGGAAUAAGUGUUAAUGUAACUCUUAUUUUCUCCCUCUCUAGAUAUGAGGCUGUCAUUGAUGCUUAUUUGGAUGGCCUUGAGUCUUCUGGGUUGAAUGAUCUUUCCAGAGUUACAAGUGUUGCUUCUUUCUUUGUUAGUCGGGUUGACACAUUGGUUGACAAGAUGCUUGAGAAGAUUGGGACUCCGGAGGCCCUUGACCUUCGAGGAAAGGCUGCAAAUGCUCAAGCAGUGUUGGCUUAUCAGCUAUACCAAAGGAAAUUCUCUGGUCCAAGAUGGGAGGCUUUAGUGAAGAAAGGUGCCAAAAAGCAGAGGCUGCUAUGGGCAUCAACAAGUGUCAAGAAUCCAGCCUACCCUGAUACCUUAUAUGUUGCCCCUCUCAUUGGACCUGAUACUGUGUCAACUAUGCCUGACCAAGCUCUCCUAGCAUUUAUAGACCAUGGGGCAGUGUCGAGGUCAAUAGACUCAAACGUGUCUGAAGGAGAAGGAAUCUACAGUGCGCUAGAGAAACUUGGUGUUGAUUGGGGUUUUGUGGGUACUCAGCUGGAACUCGAAGGAGUAGACUCUUUCAAGAAGAGCUUUGACAGCCUUCUUGACAGUUUGCUAGAGAAGGCCAACUCUCUUAAGCUUGUUAGCCAGUAAGGAUACUUUCUUCUCUUUUUGUGUGUGCUUGUUUCUUUAUUUCCAGUCAUUUCUUAGGACAACACAAUAAAUUGCUUUUGGUUUGGGAAAUCUCAAGUUGUUGGAUGGAUUUGUAAUGUAAUAUGGAUAAAACAUUAAAUUGGAGGAGGAAUCAAUGCCUUGUUUAUUUUGUUGUUA